CAGAGCAGAAUUAGACGUUGAAAUGAGAGUAGCGCUGUUCGUUAUAGUUGCCCACGUUUACUGCGCGGCCACCAAUCCGAUAGUUGGCUUAUUCGAUCCGGCCUGUUUCGUGGUCAGAGGAGAUUGUCCCAACAAAAACAUCACCUUUUGGCUCUACUCCAAUGAAACACGUGAUUCACCCGUUCUGCUGAACCCGCUGGAUUUGAAUCCGUGGGACUUCCAGCCACCGCGUCCGCUCAAAAUUCUAAUACACGGCUACACGGGCUACCGGGACUUCGCCCCCAGCUCCACCAUUCGACCCGCCCUGCUCGACCAUGAGGAUGUCUACGUUAUUUCCAUCGACUACGGCCCCUUGGUGCGGGAUCCCUGCUACGUACAAGCCGUACAGAAUGUGCCGCUGGUGAGCAAAUGUCUGGCCCAGUUCAUCGACAAUCUGCUAGAUCGUGGGAUUAUUCAGAGCGAUCAGCUGCACAUCAUUGGCUUCAGUCUGGGCGGGCAAGUGGCCGGACAGACGGCAAAUUAUGUGAAAAGAAAGCUACAGCGCAUAACUGGCUUGGAUCCGGCCAAGCCGCUCUUUAUCUUGGGCAGUAAUAAGCGACGAUUGGAUCCCUCGGAUGCGGACUUCGUGGAUGUCAUUCACACAGAUGUCUUAGGUCGUGGCAUGCUUCGGACCAUGGGGCAUGCCGAUUUCUAUCCGAACUUUGGACCCGCACAGCCGGGCUGCCUUGAAGAGAAUCCUAACGAUCCUGGGAGCUGCAAUCAUGAUCGCGCACCGCGCUUCUAUGCCGAGUCCAUAUAUUCGAAGAAGGGAUUCUGGGGACGGAAAUGCGCCAAUUGGUUCGUACAUGUUCUGGGUCUCUGUCCGGGGGACGCAGCUGAGGCUCUGAUGGGCUAUCAUGUGCCCCUCGAUGUGCGCGGAGCGUACUUUCUUAAGACAGGGAGCAAGUCGCCCUACGCCUUGGGCCACGCCCCCAAAACAAACAAUUCCAAAUUCCUGUCGCAACUGAGCCUUGAUUCCAAGCAAAACGAGAUCGAUCGUGACUACGAGCCCCAGCUCCAUCGCACUCUACUGAAGCUCAGGCCCUUCGAGGAUGAUGUGUUGGACGAGAAGCUGGAGAAUCUUAGCUUGUGAUAUAUUCAGUCAAUUGAAAACUAAUAAUCUAGAUAAGUACUAAUAUAAUUCUAGAAUUUAUUACUAAUUAAACACUUCACUAGAAAAAUACAAAAGAAAUUUAAUUGAUCUAAAAUGAAGUCUUAAAACAAA